AUGCUUACCCCUUUCUUCACCAUAGAUCAAGAUGAUGAGUUCAUCUUCAUAUCAAUAAAGGUAUCGCAUAUUCGAUUCAAUGCAAAAAACAUUGAAAUGAUUGUUCAAGAUGAGUUAUUUGUCUUUUCCCUACUGCCAUAUUACCUUAGAUUGAGACUUCCCCGAGCUUGCGUUGAUGACGAAAGAGCAAAUGCUUCAUACGACGCUACUGAUGAAUGCAUCAAAGUGAAAAUUCCUAAGGCGAUCAGAGGUGAAACGUUUCCUGACCUAGAUUUGGUUUCAAAACUACUCUCAAGAUCAACUGUAAGUGAAUCACAUUCAGAAGUUAAAGAAGCAAAUACUCAAGUCGACCCCAAGGCGAAGCCAUUGAUCGAAGAGCUAGACGUCAAAAAUGAUGUUACUAAAGAUCAGACACUUUUAGAGAAGGAUCUUGAGGAGGGAGAGCAUUUUAACUGGGAGGUUUCGCAAACAAUGCCAGAACAGGAGUCUAUCCUGAUUUCCGACAUAUCUUAUGGCUUCAAUAACGGGUAUAGCAAGAUAGUUGGGCUUUCCUUAGUUAAUGGUAAUGACAUAAAUGAGUUGGGUGACCCAGAAGGUACGCCACCAAGUGAUAGAAUCAUUGAAAGAUUGAUAAAAGAAAAUUUAAAAUUUGAUCCAGAGUACUAUGCAUCGGAGUACAUAAUGGAGAAAUAUCCUCCAGCUGAUGAAGAAAAUGUAUACAAGUCAUUACUCGAGUGGAGAUCUCCCAUUACAAAGCUGUUUUUGAAAUGGUAUAAGAGCCAACAAGAGCUACCAGAUGAUCAAAAAGAGUUGAUGCACGUGGAAUUUACAAAGAAGGAGCAAGAGUUGAUGAUUAACCUUCCUAGAAAAUCUUAUAUCGUUGAAAAUCUGUAUGUUCCUGAAUUGAUGGCAUUGCUAGUCACACUUUUGUUUGCUUUUCAUUUUGACUUACGAGAAACAGAAGGGGACCAUAACAUAGAGAGUGCUUGGACAAUCGGAAAGUUGGUGCCCCAAUUUUCUUUCCUUGAUUCGCUACUUGUCAUUUAUAAUGAAGGAUUGAGUGAAAGUCUCUUGAAGGUAGCUUCGAUAACUUGUUUCAGAAGAGCACUUUCGUAUCCAUUGCAUAGAAAUUUCAAAUUGAUAUCGAAGGUCUGGGAUGAUGUUUACUAUAACUUGAGAGGAGGUAAACGACUAGUAAUAAAGAGCUUGUUGGAGUUGAAGGAGUUAUUUCGGUACCACGACGUCUAUUAUGUGUAUGAUAAGAUAUGGCUCGAAGAUUUAUGCUCUUGGCUCAUAAGUGAUUCUGUCUCGGAAGGUAUGAUUAGGAAAUUAGCUCAUGAUUUAAAGAACUCAUAUGAUUCGAUCAAAAAGCUGGAUAUUACCUUCGAAAAGCCUGGCUCAGAAGAUCUGUCAACAUCUAGCGAUGAUGAAGAUGAUAUGGUUGCUAUGUCCAUCUUAGAUACGGAAAAUAUGGCCGAACAAAUGUACCAGUCUUUGCAAGAUACAUAA